AACUGCGCCAGCGGCCACAUACGCGUGAAUGAGACGCUCAUCACCUGUCCCGGUUGAAGCGCCGCCCGUGUACAACCCAACCGACCGCCUGACCGACCGACACUGAAGAGGAAUACGUGCCAUAAGUUUGGCUGUAGUGAUGGUGCAAAUGGAAAUGCUCAUCUUCUUCUGCCUGCUGCUGUUGAUGUGUGUAUUUAGCCAGGAGCCCAGUUCCAAAGUGGUGGCCGACCGCUACGCCGUCUUCUGGAACCGGACCAACGCCAAGUUCCACCGUGGAGACUACCACAUCGACGUGUGCAUAAACGACUACCUGGAUGUCUACUGUCCUCACUAUGAAGAAUCGGUGCCUGAGGAGCGCACCGAGCGCUACGUCCUCUACAUGGUCAACUACGACGGCUACAGCACGUGCGACCACACCGCCAAGGGCUUCAAGCGCUGGGAGUGCAACAGGCCGCAUUCCCCGAACGGGCCGCUCAAGUUCUCAGAGAAGUUCCAGCUCUUCACCCCCUUCUCUCUGGGCUUUGAGUUCAGACCUGGCAGAGAAUACUACUACAUAUCCUCCACCAUCGCUGAAAACGGGAGGAAAACAUGCCUGAAGCUCAAAGUUUUCGUCCGACCAUCAAACACCUGUGUGAAAACUAUAGGCGUACAUGACCGCGUUUUUGAUGUAAACGACAAAGUAGACAAUACAUUAGAACCACGAGACGAUACCAGCCAUGAACCGGCUGAGCCUUCCCGAAGUGACGAAACAAAUGCUGCGCCACACCUGCAGAAAACAAGUCCACUCCUGGCUUUGUUGCUGGUCUGCCUAUCAGCACUCUUCACUUUAUAGCGCCUCCCUCUGUUCCCGGAGGGCAUUUACACCUAGCGUGGCC